CUCCUCUACCAGGAAGUAGAAUAUUACCCACAAUGCAAUGCACCGUGCUAGCCUGGAACUCACACCUGAGACAGAAGGCCUAUGUGCCAUUGGAGUGUGAGGCCUCUUAGGUGGCAGCGCUUCUGUACUCCAUGCCAUGGCGCCUAGAAGAAGAAAGGCAGCGGCGAAAUCUGCUAAGAUAGUUCAAGAGAAGAAAUUAACACAUUCCUAUAAAAUACAGCAAAAAGAUCUUAGUGGAUCGGAGGAAGAUAUCAAAAACGAUGAGACCCCAGUAAUAGACAAAUGCAGAAAGAAAAGACCUUCAUCAUCUUUGUCAAACCAAGGAGCAGAUAAUGAUUACAUGGGGGAUGAAGUGCAGAAUAUGUUGGGAAGAUUUGGGGCUGAUAUUAGCAAGGCUCUAAUGGCAAAAAGGAAGAGGCUGGAAACAUACACAAAGGCAUCUCUGAAAACCAGCAACCAGAAGAUUGAGAAUGUUUGGAAAACUCAGCAAGAUGACAGGCAGAAGCUGAGCAGCGAGUAUUCUCAGCAGUUCGGGGAUUUGUGUCAACGAUGGGAGGCUGAUGCACAAAAAGCAGAGGAGCAAGAUGAAAAAUUAACGAACAUGAUUCGUCAGCAGCAGAAACUGUUUCACCAAGCAAGAAUAGUUCAGAACCAGAGACUCAAAACCAUAAGGCAGGACAACGAGCAGUUUUUAAAGAAUAUGAGCGACCUUGAAAAGACUCAUGAAAAUGCUCAGAAUGAACUCAAGAAGGAAAUGGCUUUGCUGCAAAAAAAGAUUAUGAUGGACACUCAAAAGCAAGAGAUGGCAAGUGUCCGCAAGUCUCUUCAGUCAAUGUUGUUCUGAUGGCUUCUUAAAGAAACAACCUGCACCUAUACAGCUUGCUAUAGUAACAUUUACAAUUAUCCAGAGCAGUAUUCAUCUUUAGUUCAGUGUUUCUAAUUACGGUAUUAGAACACUUUUUUUGUGCUGUUUAAUGGGAAAAAAAAACUUUACAGGAACUUUACAGACCAUCUCUCUCAACGCUAUGGUCGAUGAGCAAUGUGCAGAUAAAGCAGCCACUUCCCGACCUAGGUGCAAGGGACUGUGGGAAAGUAAUCUGGUAGAUGCCAAAGAGUAACCAAGCACUGCUGGAAAGGAGCAAAUCUGAAUCGUGGCUGGGGAGGUGCUACAGAGAGUUGGCAGAUUACUCUGCAGUUUGGAACUGUGAUGGAACGUUUCAAAAUUAAAGUUUAA